AACAAGUUACUAAAACGAGUUUAUCAACAGGUCAGACGCGAGCUGAUUUCAAAGCAAGAUGUUUUGUGUUUUGUGUUUUAUUUUGUGUGCGCAUGGCGCAGUGGUACCUUCGUAUAAAAUGAACGACGGUUUUAGUAUACCAGCUAUAGCCCUGGGUACUUGGCUUGGCAACAACACCAAGCCCUCUACCGAUAACGUGGAGAAGGCAGUGACUUGGGCGAUAGAGUCGGGCUACACACAUGUAGACACGGCCUGGAUAUACAAAGUAGAAGAUCAAGUUGGUCGAGCCCUGAAGAAAUUUAAAAGGGAAAAUGUUUUUAUUACAACAAAGUUGUGGAACGACAAGCACGCCCGAUCAUCAGUCAUACCAGCGUUAAGAGAAUCGUUAGAGAACCUACAAACUACAUACGUGGAUCUAUAUUUGAUACAUUGGCCCGUGGGACAAUUCCUAAACGGAUCCUAUGACUCGACUGAUUAUUUAGAAACAUGGCGUGGUCUCAUAGAUGCGAAGAACGCAGGUCUCGCGAGAUCUAUCGGUGUUUCCAACUUCAACCAGCAGAUGAUUGAUAGGAUCCUGGAGAAUGGACUCGAGAAGCCAGUAGCUUUACAAGUUGAGUUGAAUCUCAACCUCCAACAACCAGCUCUUCUAAGUUAUUGCAAACAAAAGAACAUAACAGUCAUGGCCUAUACUCCCUUCGGCUCCAUUUUUCCCUCGAAGGCGAAAGAAUCCUCGCCUCCACCACGGGUAGAUGAUACCGCGGUGGUUGCCAUGGCUAUGAGAUAUAACAAGACUGUGCCUCAAGUUGUGUUAAGAUAUUUGGUGGAGUUGGGCGUGGUCCCGCUCCCGAAGUCCCUAACAAAGUCUCGCAUCGAACAGAACAUUGACAUAUUUGAUUUUUCUCUCUCCGAUGAGGAUAAACAACUACUUAAAAGCUAUGACAAAAACUACAGAACAAUACCUCAAUAUAAAUGGCUGGAGCAUCCAUUUUAUCCCUUCGAGAGGACAGUCUAUUAAUCUAUGAAAUCUAUUAUUUUAACUUAGGUCUCUUGGUGUCGACAUUCCAUCACAUUAGGGCUUGGGAUUGUCAGGUUCUUAAUUCUAACCAUUUUUUAAGUUUAUUAUUAUUCCUCUUGUCAGUAAAAGCGAAAAAGCUCUCAAAAUAAUAGUACAUAAACACAUUUUUUUGUUUGUAGCACACUUCUGUUACCUGUUCCCUUACCCCCUUUUACUGCCUGCCUGCCGGCCUCCUGCCCCCUGACCCUACAGCCUAUUCCUUGGCAAUCGGACAAUCUAUCAGUGUUAGUACCAAUAUUAACUUGAUACUACUUCUGUAUUACAAAUAUAUAGAAAUCUCUCCCUUUAAAUUAAAAAAUAAAACAGUGAGUAAAAAU